CGAUAGCUGACGGAGGCCCGCUGCACAUUUCCCCUUUUUAAUCCUCGCUCGUUUUCGUCUCCCGGAGGCUGUCAGCAAUCACCCCGACAUACAGGAACAAAUAUGAGAAUCUCGCUUGCACUUUUUGCUGCAUUUGCGGUAGGAAUCUCAGUCGACGCGACGGUGUUCUUCAAGGAGCAGUUUAUUGAUGGAGAAGGAUAUAAGAGUCGAUGGGUGGAGUCCAAACACAAAUCAGACUAUGGACAGUGGAAACUCUCUGCAGGAAAGUUCUAUGGUGAUGCUGAGCUCGACAAAGGUCUUCAGACAAGCCAGGAUGCUCGAUUUUACGCUCUCUCCAGUCGGUUCGAGCCUUUUAGCAACGAAGGUAAAACUCUGGUGAUUCAGUUCACGAUAAAACACGAGCAGAAGAUCGACUGCGGAGGUGGUUAUGUUAAAGUCUUCCCUGCUGAUCUGGACCAGGCUGACAUGCACGGCGAAUCUCAGUAUUACAUCAUGUUUGGUCCUGACAUCUGCGGCUACAGCACCAAGAAAGUGCACGUCAUUUUGAACUACAAAGGACAGAACCAUCUGAUCAAGAAAGACAUCCGAUGCAAAGAUGAUGAGUUCACACACCUGUACACACUGAUUCUUCGGCCAGACCAGACCUACGAAGUAAAAAUCAACAAUGAGAAAGUGGAGUCCGGCUCUCUGGAGGAGGACUGGGACUUCCUUCCUCCCAAAAAGAUCAAGGAUCCAGAGGCAAAGAAGCCAGGGGACUGGGACGACCGUGCCAAAAUCGAUGAUCCUGAGGACACAAAACCAGAAGACUGGGAUAAACCUGAGAACAUUCCUGAUCCUGACGCUAAGAAGCCUGACGACUGGGACGAAGAUAUGGACGGCGAGUGGGAGCCACCAAUGAUCCCUAACCCUGAGUACAAGGGUGAAUGGAAACCUAAGCAGAUCGACAACCCCAACUACAAAGGAACAUGGGAGCAUCCUGAGAUCGACAAUCCAGAAUACACACCAGAUAACUUGAUUUACAAAUAUGACAACAUCGGAGUUCUUGGAUUGGACCUGUGGCAGGUGAAAUCUGGUACCAUCUUUGAUAACUUCCUAAUCACUGAUGACGUUAAGGAGGCAGAGGAUUUCGGCAAAGAGACGUGGGAAGCCACAAAGGGCCCAGAGAAGAAAAUGAAGGAUGAGCAGGAAGAGGAGGAGAGGAAGCAGAGGGAAGAAGAUGAGAAGAACAAGAAAGAAAGUGAAGGUGAUGAGGUAGACGGAGACGAAUCACAAGAGGACAGAUACGAAGAGGAAACUCCAGAGGAGGCCAAUCUGCUGGACGACAAAGAUGAUGAGGAAGAUAAGCCUACUAAAGAUGAGUUGUAGUUCACCUCAAAGCUUUCCUGCACAUCUUAGGAGAACCUACUGAUCCUCUCCCACUCAGUGAAGCUCUUCCUGUGGGCUCUGAUUAAACAACGAGGACAAAUAGAGUAACAGCGUGCUGUGGUUUUAAUUCAUUUCAGUUGGUAAGGAUUGUUUUCCCACCACUUGCCCCCUUUUUUUCAAUCAUAAAUUAAUCCUAUGAGAUAUUAGCCGUGCCCCAGAAUUUUAUUUUCUACUGCUGCUACCCGGCUUCUCCAAUUCCCACCCAAAGUCAUGUGUAAAAUUAAAUUAGAUGGAAUUUGGAUUAAUGCCAUCAUGUCUUGAGGGGAAAAAAGAUAAGUAUCAUUUUUAGGUUAUUUGCACUUUUUUUAAAUAAAUGAUUUUCUUGAACCGUA